UCACUGUUAACAUUUUUCAUUUCAGGAAUGAAAUUAUCCCAACAGUCGUCCUUAAAUAGUUUCUGUAGUUCCAUAUCAAAUUCCAGUGAAUUGAAGCGAACUUGUUCAGACUUUGAAGAUACAAUGCCAGCGCCUAAGAAAAAUAAAAUUGAUUUUCUGACUUCGGAAUUAGUAUUAGCACUAGAGAGAACUAAAACUAGUAACAGAAAUGCGAUGUACAUCAUUUCUGCUGUUAUUCAAAGUUUAGGACUUGAGAUUGAUAAAUAUAAUUUAAGUUACUCCACUAUUCGCAAUGCGCGUAUUUCAAAAAGAGAAGAAAUUGUCGAUACGAUCAAAGAAGAAGAAAUUUUUGAUGACUCUCUCGUAGUGGAUGGAAAGAUGCUUUCUGCGGGAAAUGGUCAACCAAAAGCAGAACGAUUAUCAAUACACGUCACCGGAAUAAAUACUGAUAAAAAUUUUAAAACUCCGAUUCUCUCUGAUGGCACAGGUGAAAGCCAAGCUUCAGCCAUUUUUGAAACGCUGAUAGAGUGGGAUCUUUGCGAUAAUGUUAAAGCAAUGUGCUUUGAUACAACUAGUUCAAAUACCGGUUGUUUUAAUGACGCAUGUGCAUUAUUAGAAGAUAAAAUUGGCCGUGACUUAUUAUAUCUUGCUUGUCGCCAUCAUACUUCUGAAUUGAUGUUACGAAAUGUUGCAGAAGUUGCUUGGCUAGUGACGAAUAGUCCAAAUGUACCAAUUUUCAAAAGACUCAGAGAUAAUUGGGAAAAAAUUGAUAAAUCUGCGUAUGAAAUCGGCACAGAGGAAAAAGAUAUUUCACUUAUUUUAAAUCAAAGAAAAGACGAUAUUCUUGACUUUAUAGAAAAUCAACUGAAGAAUCAUCAUCCGAGAAAUGAUUACAAGGAGUUUUUGGAGCUGAGCUGUAUCUUUUUGGGUGGUAUCAAAAGUCAUAGAGCCGAAUUUAAAGCACCUGGUGCUUUUCAUCACGCACGGUGGUUAUCAAAAGCUCUCUAUUGCUUGAAAAUAUAAAUGUUUAGAAACCAGUUUAAAAUGGGAGCAAACGAAAAAAAAAUUUUGCAGAAAAUAUGUGUUUUCAUCGUAAUAUUUUAUGUAAAAAUAUGGUUUACUGCUCCUAAUGCAAUAAAUGCUCCAAACUCGGA